GCCACGACACAGAGGGACAUUUUGGUUGGCAAGAGACAUUAGCCAACCUCAUACGUACGUAUGCAUGGCCAGGUUAUGGACAUAUACAGGGUGCCUUUGCAUUCUACAGUGCUUUUGAACUCGACACCGUACGUGGUUUACCGGGCAUUUGGAGCAGAAGAAACAUUUGAAAAGGUAGCAGCUGCAGUAGGAGCCACCGCAGUGCCCGUUACUGGUGCUAUGUCAUCUGCAGCAGCAAGUACCAGUAUACCUCACCCAACAACCUCUGGUUCUAAGGUCCACAGUCCUGAGAAGACAGCUUUGCAAGAAGCUAAGGAGGCCACUGCACUCUUAGGGACGGAGUCAGGAAUCGUUGCGGCACCAAUGAGGUUCAUCAAGAUGCCAUCAAUGAUGGUGCGCAAUGUGUCGAACAUGUUGCCGUUUCGAAGGCGAGAGACUGUUCUACCUGUUGAAGGUGUGAAGGAGCUUCGAGCACUCGUACACAGCAUCUUGGAACGGGAGGAGGAUGAGACCUUGAGGGAAGCGAGGAUCACGGUCACUGAUGAUGUUCUCGGAGAGGCCGUGAUGACGAGCAACAUGGUCGAAGAAGAGUGUGGCGACGUCUUUGGCACUGUGCGAGGUUGUGCAAGGGAUGAAGUGGGCACGUUUGGUCAAGCAGCAGACAAUGACGUAGAGGCAAUCAUGCCUGCGAUCGGUCUUGUGGAGGCCGCACACGAAGUCCAUGGAGAUGGACUGCCACCGGAUGGAGGAGACGAUGGUGUUGUCAGUGCAGAUGGUGAAGUAUUGCCCGUCGAGGUACGGGCGCCAGACUUUGAGGGUGUGGAUCACGACGAGAAGUUCCUUCUCGUUGGUGGGGUAAUUCAUCUCCGCGGGAAGAAGCUUCUUGGUAGCGAAGGCGAUGGGGUAUUCGCCUGGUGGAGCCUCGGGGUGAGUGGGGGAGUUCUUGAUGGAGGAGGUGUCGGCAGUGUCACGACGGAAAUGUUAGGACAGUAUGGCUCCAAUGGCGAAGUCGGAGGCGUCAGUGGUGACAUAGAAGUGGCGGGGGGGGGCGGCGAUCUUGAGGACGGGAGCCGUGGUGAUGGUUUGUUUGACGGAGACAAUGUGGCCGAGGUAUUCGACGCUCAAAGCAGCAAACAUACAUUUGUUGAGCUUGGCAUAAAAUUUUUGCUCUCGGAGGAUCGAGAGGACUUGGCGGAGGUGCUGAAGGUGGGACUCGAAGGUGGGGCUGAAGACAAGGAUGUCAUCAAGGUAGACGACGACACAGACUUCGAGGAGGUUGCGGAAGAUGUGGUUCAUGGUAGAUUGGAAGGUAGCGGGGGCAUUGCAGGCUGCGAUCGUGAUAUGGUGGCUUACUCGAAGAGAACCACUCUCCGUACCUUCCUAGAUGCGCUGCGCAACCGCUUCGAAGACAAGACUAAAGCCAUGAGGACCGCUGACAAGCUUAACAGCAUCCAUCUUCGAAAAUGGAAGAGUGUGUCGGCCUUGAAUGCCACAAUGGAUGAGCUGUUACAGAUCCCAAAUCAUGGACUGACUCCUGAGCAGAUUUUGAACAACUUUGCUAGAGCUCUCCCCGAUCCCAUCAAGAGCAAUCUCUAUGCUAAGGUCAAGGAGGAUGGGAUGACCUACGACCAAUUUAGCGGAUUUCUCGAAGAGUCAAACUGUCAUUUGUACAAAGACUUGGAGAAAAGAAAGCAUUGGAAAGGUAAGACUAUUGCGGGAAGUAUUACGGGCAAGGACAAUCUAGUAGUGAUGUUUGAAGGAGGAGGUUGUGAGGCCCUAACUUAUGAUCAAAUUGAGUAUGGAUUGGGUGAGGACAGUGGUGAAGUCCAGGGAGGUGAUUUCGCUGCUGUAGCUGAAAUGAAGAAGAGAAGAGGGCAGCUGAUUUUGGCAGAUGUAGAGAUUAGCCAAACACGAGUGGGAGCUUUAGUGGAUAGUGGCUCUACACGUAGUUUCAUUAGUAGAAGAGGACUGAAGAAGUUGCACUUAGGAAUGAAAGUGCAGAGGUUGAGUGAGCCGGUAGUGAGUAGACUGGCCGACAAUCACGAGAUGCGAGUGGAGGAGUACGUCGAGGGGAUCAAGGCAUACUUCCAGUUAGAGGAGGGAAAAAAGGUAGAGAAGGUUUUGCAUUUCCUUACCCUCUUAGUGGAGGACAACCUUCCCUUUGACUUGAUUUUAGGGACUAACUGGGAAGAAGCAGCCAUGGCAGACGUCAAGUUGGGCGAGCAUGAGUGCUCGCUGACUAGCCCCAACCGGGGCAAGAAGAAGAUAAGGUUGUUCCACAAGUUCGGUCUAGAGUCCCGCUUGUCUGUUUGUUGUAUGAGUGCCCCUGCGUUCGCCCGACUCGUGACAAAGGAGAAGCUGCAAGCUCAGGUCUUUGUGGCCUAUGUGAAACCGGUGAGGGAAGAGAGUAAAGGCGAAGAGAAGACACCUCCCCAAGUGGAGAACCUGCUCCAAGAGUUUGCUGAUGUGGGAGAAGCCCCAAGCGGAGCGGUAGAGUGGGAGAUCAAGCACCGGAUUGAGAUAGAACCUGGUAGCAAGAUUCCUAGGGGCCCGGUUUAUAGGAUGUCUCCCAAGGAACUUGAUGAACUGUGCAUGCAGCUAGAUGAGAUGAUUGAGAAGGGGUGGGUACAGCCCAGUUCAUCACCGUACGGUGCACCAGUUUUGUUUGUGCCAAAGAAAGAGGGUGAACUGCGAUUGUGCAUUGAUUACCGGGGAUUGAAUGCUAUCACAAUUAAGAAUGUUGAACUGUUGCCCCGGAUUGAUGAUUUGUUAGAGAGGGUGCAAGGAUGUAAGUAUUUCUCCAAGAUUGAUCUGAAGUCCGGGUACCACCAGAUUGAGGUACAGUCGGAGGACCAGCACAAGACGACCUUUAGGACUCGCUAUGGACGCUACGAGUUUGUAGUGAUGCCAUUCGGAUUGACUAAUGCCCCUGCAACAUUCCAAAGAUGCAUGAAUGAUUUGUUUAGAGAUUGGUUGGACAAACUUGUUGUCGUUUACUUAGAUGAUAUUCUGACUUUUAGCAAGAGUUUGGUAGAGGAUCAGACUCAUCUGCGUCAGAUCUUGACUAAGUUGCAUGAGUCUAACUUCAAGAUCAACCUGAAGAAGUCGGGGAUCGUGGUCACUGAUGAUGUUCUCGGGGAGACCGUGGUGGCGAGCGACAUGAUCGAAAAAGAUGACGACGAAGAAAUGGCGAGUGGGGUCAGCAAUCUUGAGGAUGGGGGCGGUGGUGAUGAGUUGCUUGAGUUUGUCGAAAGCGGCUUGGCGGCGUUCAAUCCACGUGAAGGACUUGGUGGCGCAGGUGAGCUCAUGGAGAGGGUAGGAGACGUCGGAGAAGUUUUGAAUGAACGGGCGGAUGGAGAGAACUUUGCGAAGGUGUUCGAGGUGGGAUUCGAAGGUGGGGCUAAAGACGAGGAUAUCAUCAAGGUAGAUCACGACACAGACUUCGAGGAGGUCGCGAAAGAUGUGAUUCAUGGUAGAUUGGAAUGUGGUGGGGGCAUUGGUGAGUCCGAAGGGCAUCACAAGGAACUCGUAGUGCCCGAAGCGAGAGUGAAAGACGGUCUUGUGGGUGUCCUCCUCGCGGAUGCGGAGCUGGUGAAAGCCACUGCGGAGAUCAAUCUUGGUGAAAUACUUGGCUCCACGGAGGCGAUCAAGAAGCUUGGAUAUGCGAGGGAGUGGGUACUUAUUCUUGAUCGUGAUCCGGUUCAGGGCACGGUAGUUUGUGCACAUGCAGAGUCCCAAGGUGUCGUUCUUCUUAACGAAGAGACACCUAGUUCUGAAGGGGGAGGAGCUAGGCUUAAUGAAUCCUUUCUCAAGGAGUUCAUUAAGUUGUCGCUUCAUCUCUUCGGCCUCAGGGACGGAGAGCUGGUACGGGGGGCAACAAGGAGGAGAGUGGUCGGGCUCGAGAUCAAUGGUGUGGGAUACACCGCGAUCGGGAGUUGGUUUGUUGGUGCCCCAAUUGGCGACAACGGAAGCAACCUCCUUUUGCUUGGAGUCGAGGUGAUAGUGGAGGUGGAUAAGAGGGGUUUUGAUUGGGGGGGGAUGGUUGAUGACUGUGUGACGGCGGGGGUUUUCGCCUUGGGCGAGAGGGGAGGUGGAGUGGCCACAGUGGAGGUAGUGGUGGAUGAAGAUGGUGGUGAUGUUGAUGUGGAGGUUGAAGCGGAGGCUUGUCCGGAGGAGGGGGUGGUUUGGGGUGUGGAGGAGGAGGGUGUGGUCGUGGUGACGACCGUGAUGGCGGGGGUGUUUCCCUCGAGCGUGGUGACACGGUCGGAGAUGGCGGCCAUGGUGGUGUUGAUGGUGUCAAGGGAGGAUUGGAGGGCGGUCAACGUUCAGAGGAAAGUUGCGAGUUCUGGGGUGGUGGUGGUCGAAGUUGGCGGAUUGCCUGCGAGUUCGCGGGCAAUGCUGUCGACGGAGUCGGAGCGAAGAUCAGACAUGGCGACGAUGUUCUCGACGAUGAUGACGUGGCACGGCGACGACGAUGACGAUGACGAUGAUGACGUGGCACGACGACGAAGCAGGGAAAUGUCCAUGGCCAUCCUGCGGCGGCAGAACGCUGUUGAGACAGCAGCUGCGGCUGCAUUCGAGUCUGUACAUCAGAACCAGGGCUACUUGACUCCAGCUUCUGCCUUGGCGAUGAAGACAGCGAUCGGGACAGGCUUGGGUGUGGCUCUUGCUGCCCUUCUGAGUUUUGGAGGCUCUUCUCACAGAUAGCCAAGUUUUCUCUUUGCUGAUCUGACUGGCAGACAAAGGUGUGAUGAUGCACUUAAUCAUGGAUAUGACUUGGUUCAUCUGACUGGCAGAAAAAGGUGUGAUGCACUAAGUCAUGGAUAUGGCUUGGUUCGUUGACUUGUCCGGGCUUGGUGGCGUAUAGCUAGCUGCGUGGCUCUUCAUGGCAGUUGUUGGAGCUGUAGAUCUGCAAACCUGCCCAUUAUUCAUUGGUAGGGGGACGGUCAACCCAAAAUUGGUGGGCGAUGGGAGCCUUCUGAGAUUGUGCUUUGGACUGCUCCAGAACCUUGAUGGCUCAAAUUCACAAUUUGAAGUUUCAAACUCGGUCCUCUUCGGACGUGUUCGAGGUUCAACGCAAACGUCAGAAUUCGAGUCCCAAAUUUGGAACUCGAAUUUAAGGAGUUAUGAAUCUUCUCAGAUGUCGACUCCCAAAUUUCGGACUUGAAUUCAAGGGGUUAUGAAUCUUCUAAGUUUCAGGGGGGUUAUGAAUCUUCUAAGUUUCAGGACCUUUCUGCUCCCGCUUUAUCCGCUACCAUUUCACAUCUCAACUUUUUGCAUCUAGAAGGCUGAGAUGUUGACCUUGGAUGUGUCUGAAGGUCUGUAUCCUUCAGAGUAUGAAGGUCUCGAGAGUCGAGACUUGCUUUAGACGUUAACUUUAGAGAUCAUAAGCUUGGUGGUCCAAAUUUCGAAUUCCCAAGCUCUGAAGCUGCAAACAGUUACCAUCUCUCUCUCUCUCUCUCUCUCUCUCUCUCUCUCUCUCUCUCUCUCUCUCUCUCUCUCUGGCGUGCGCGCGCGCGCUCGCUCUGGCAGCCGUGCACUUGUCCUCGCUUUGUCGUUCGCUCUCUCCCCUUCCACAGAAGGGAAACAGGGCUGUGGACUUUACACCGUUUACUGCUGUAUCAGAGAGUCGUGACCUUUUCUGGUGCUGGGUUAGCCCUUGCCAUCCUAGCUAGCAGUGGAAGAAGCAGCGAUACCAACCUCUUGCUGAACUGCAACAUUAUGGAGGAUGCCGCCCCUUGCUACAAAUUACCAGCUGCAGUACCCUCAUGUCUACUCUCUUUGCAUCUCUGUAGUCUUACCUCCCUCCCAUCUCUUCAGCUCUGCAUUCUUUCCCAUCGGCUUUUGUGUAUUCACUUCUUGCAUCUUCUUCCACAGUUAAUAGAUGAUUUCACAAGGUCCGUUCAUGUACAUUAGCAGAUCUUUUCCUAUUCUUCUCGACUCUACACGACUGACACUGUAGCUUUUUCCAACAUGCGGAGCUUUCAAGGUUUUUCUAGCGGAGGCCAUAUGCAUGUUAGCAGGGGAAUGCAGGUGAGGGGGUACAUGCAUGGGCCUGUUUAUGUACCGUAUCGGUAUGGGUAUUGGUGAACAAGUAGGGGGCCAUAAGUGUCACAGGGAAGCCCUUGGUCCCCCUGUAAUAUGUCUCAAACCCAUGUGCUGGGACUGCUAGUAUACCUGUGUGUGGGUCUUGACAUGGGUGCAUGUAGGUAUGGGGGCGUAGAAGCAGUGCUGGAACAGUCUCAUCCUGGGUGGGAUGAAGUUCCUAAAUAGGAAACCCAAGAACGGGGAGUAGAGAAGUUACGCUAAGCAUUUGCUUACGGGUUGGUUGUGAGGUGUUGGUACACUUCUGACUAGUACAUUCACUCGUCGCUGUUCCCUCUUUUCCUGCUCUGUUCAGCUUUCCGUGUAUGAUCUUUUUUCGGAGUCCUAUGGGUGAGAAUUGCCCAUAUUCGUGCCGACUGUAACCCCCUCUCUCAGUUUUUUGUGCGCUUUUUCCUUUGUGCGCAUGUGUGUGCAUGCGUUGGGAAAGAGCAACACAGAGGAUAAGCAUGGUGGAUGUCCCGUCUGGCCCCCAGAUAUGUGUACAGGAGCCCUUGGGCCCAGGACGGAAUCAGAUGACUCUGUACAAGAGCGAGUGCUCAGUAUCUCACUCGACAAGAGGGCUGAGAGUCCCCCAACAGA